AUGGAGACUAAAGGAAGGAAAAUGGGCAUCCACAACGCUGCAUAUGAAGUCGAUAUAGCUCAGGAGUGAUUUUGAUCGACCUGGGCUAGAAGAAUGCUUGGAAACUUCCGAUUUAGUUUUUAUCCGAACUAACUCGGGGAGUUUGAAGAUGCUUUACAUCAAGUUUAUUUGCAACUUCCUGAGCUGGUUCGUCAGCUUGAUUUGAAAACCCAACUCAGGGAGUUUUCAAGCAUUUCCCGAGCUCAAGGAGAUCAAAAAUCGCUCCUGAGCUAUAAUGAUGUAUGAAUGGUCCCUUGUAAAGUUGAUGAUUCUACCAAAAAAUUUAUACCUGUUUGUAGACCAGAAAUAAGUGAAAUUAACGUACAAAGGCAAUCUUGGACUGAAAAAGAAGACCAAGUGCUGAUGGAACUUGUUAAAAAGCGAGGCACAAAAAAAUGAACAGCAAUUUCUAAAGAGUUAAAUGAUUUAAUGUAUCAUGGAAAAUUAAUAAGGCAUGGAAAACAAUGCAGGGAAAGAUGAGGAAACCAUCUAAAUCCAUCAUUGAAAAAAGGAGGGUGGACUGCUGACGAAGACAUGUAUAUUUUGAAAAGACAACAAGAAAUUGGAAGCAAGUGGAGCCAGAUUUCAAAGGAAUUGCAAGGAAGAACUGAAAAUAGUGUAAAAAAUAGGUGGAAAAGUAUUAUUAGAAAAGGCGAAAGGGCUGGGCUUGAAGCAAAUGAGCUAUUAGGAACGAUUAGAAUUGAGAGCGGCGGAGAGAUUGGGGAAGGUAAUGGCUUUUAUAGCGAGGAAAGCACAUUAACUUAUGAAGAUGGUGAAAGAAAAAAUUCUUUUUCUUCUUAUGAUAGUAGUGAAUUUAGAGAUGAAAUUGAUUCACCAUCUGAAUUUUUAGUAGAUUAUUAG